AUGAAGCUGUCCAAUCUCUUCCUGACUGCCCUUGCGGCCGGUAGCUGCCAUGCUACCAACAUCAUGCCCCGUGGUGGGCGGCCGUCCUCCAUCAUCAACAAUGCUCACAAGAGAGAACUUUUGCAAGACAUUGUCACCUUUGAUGAACACUCCCUUUUUAUCAAUGGUGAGCGUGUGACUAUGUUCUCUGCAGAAAUCCACCCUUUCCGUCUACCUGUGCCGUCGCUGUAUCUCGAUCUAUUCCACAAAGUCAAAGCAAUGGGCUUCAACAUGGUCUCUUUCUACGUCGACUGGGCUCUUUUGGAAGGUAAACCGGGCGAGUUCCGGUCCGAGGGGGCGUUGGAUCUACAACCCUUCAUAGACGCUGCCCAGGAAGCGGGUAUUUACCUUCUUGCUAGACCAGGGCCAUAUAUCAAUGCUGAAGUAUCUGGUGGUGGAUUUCCAGGCUGGUUGCAGAGGGUCAAAGGGUUCUUGAGGACCAACGCCACCGACUAUCUCGCUUCAACUGAUAACUAUGUUGCAAAGGUGGGGGCAAUCGUCGCAAAGGCCCAAAUCACCAAUGGUGGGCCCGUGAUACUUUAUCAGCCAGAGAACGAGUAUAGUGCCGCUCAAGGAACACCUUUUCCAAAUCACGACUACUUGGAGUAUGUCAACGACCAGGUCCGUAAGGCUGGUGUAGUUGUGCCUCUUAUCAACAACGAUGCGUGGCAAGGUGGUACCGGUGCUCCCGGAACUGGACCUGGAGCUGUUGACAUAUAUGGACAUGAUGGAUACCCCGUCGGGUUUGACUGCACGAACCCUUACAAGUGGCCAAAGGAUGGCUUACCAACGACUUGGCAUGCCGAACAUCUAGACAAGAGCCCCAACACUCCGUACUCGAUCAUUGAGUUUCAAGGCGGGGCUUUUGAUCCUCCCGGAGGCACCGGCUUUGACAAAUGCUAUGAACUAACCAACCACGAGUUUGCUCGUAUCUUCUACAAGAACAACCUUGCUGCAGGUGUGACAAUCUUCAACAUCUACAUGACAUGGGGAGGCACCAACUGGGGAAAUCUUGGCCACUCUGAUGGAUACACCUCAUACGAUUACGGUGCGGCUAUCAAAGAGGACAGAACAAUUACCCGCGAGAAAUAUUCAGAGAUCAAACUCCAAGGCCAGUUCCUCGCAGUUUCACCAAACUAUGCCGUAGCGACAGCAAGCAACUUCACAACGACUAAAUACACCAACAACGACAAGAUUGCCGUUACAGCGCUGACUACGAAGAAAGACGAUGCCUUCUACGUUGUGCGACACGCAGAUUAUCGAACAACAACCACCGCAUCGUACAAGCUCAAGGUAAAAACCUCUGCGGGACAAUUGACAAUUCCUCAACUCGGUGGCUCGCUUUCAUUGCAUGGCAGAGAUUCGAAGAUCCAUGUCGUGGAUUAUCCUGCUGGGGACUACAAAGUUUUGUAUUCCACUGCCGAAGUGUUCACAUGGAAAGACCUUGGUGACAAGACUGUUCUUGUAAUCUACGGCGGACCUAACGAGAUGCAUGAAGUUGCUGUCAAGAGUGACUCCAAACUCAAUGUCGUCGAGGGUGAUGGUAUCAAGACGGAGAGAAAAAAGGGAGCGACUGUCUUUCAGUUCACGACCAGCUCUAAGCGUCGGGUUGUUCAGAUCGGAUCUCUCCACGUCUACGUUUUGGACCGCAAUGCUGCGUAUAACUACUGGGUUCCUACACUACCAGAAAAGGGCGACCGCGCUGCCUUUGGAUCUUCUGUCAUGAACCCAAAGGCAGUGAUCCUCAAUGGUGCUUACUUGAUUCGUUCUGUCGCCAUCAAAGGGUCGAAACUUUCCGUACAAGCCGACUUUAACGCCACUUCGCCGUUGGAAAUCAUUGGUGCGCCAAAAGGAACUUCGCGACUUGUCAUCAACGGCAAAGAUACACCAUUCAAAAGGUCCAAGCUUGGAAACUGGCUCGUAAACCCAGCUGUCCAACUUCCUGAUGUCAAGAUAACUGAUCUGAAGUCUCUUGAAUGGAAGUACGUCGAUUCGCUUCCCGAGGUGAAGAAAGAUUACGAUGACGCUAAGUGGCCCGAUGCUGAUCUAAAGAAAACCUUCAACUCUAAAUGGCCGCUAAACAACUCUGUUUCUCUCUACGGAGGUGACUACGGCUUCCAUUCUGGCGCGCUCCUGUUUCGGGGGCAUUUUACUGCUGAUGGAUCGGAGUCCAAGUUCAAAGUCUGGACUUUUGGAGGUCUUUCAUACGGAAGUUCAGUAUGGUUAGAUGACAAGUUUCUUGGUUCAGUUGUCGGCACUGGACCUGGCAAUAAUGAUACGUCAACUUAUUACCUUCCCAAGACGCAAAAGGGCAAGAAAUAUGUUCUCACAGUUAUAGUGGAUAAUAUGGGAUUGAACGGCAAUUGGGUGCCUGGUUUGGAAGAAGGAAAGCAGCCGCGAGGUAUCAUUGACUGGUCUCUGAAAUCUAGCUCUGGUAAGGAGACUAAGAUCUCCAAGUGGAAGAUCACAGGCAAUCUUGGCGGAGAGGACCACAUUGACAAAUUUCGUGGUCCGCGCAACGAGGGAGGUUUCUUUUUCGAGCGCCAAGGCUAUCACUUGCCGUCCCCUCCUCUCAGCAACUUCAAAUCGGGCUCACCUUUCAAGGGCAUAUCACAACCAGGUGUGGCGUUUUAUACCGCGAACCUGAAAUUGAACCUUCCGUCUGACAAAUUCGACAUCCCGCUAUCCUUCGAAUUCAAGAACAACACUGCAAGCACCGGCUCUUACCGUGCGCUUCUUUACGUCAACGGCUUUCAAUACGGUAGAUACGUGAGUCACGUCGGCCCACAGUCAGUAUUUCCCGUUCCAGAAGGUGUUUUCAACUAUCAAGGCGACAAUUGGAUCGGCCUUGGUCUUUGGGCGUUAGACAAGGGCGCGAACGUUGAGGGGUUGAGCUUAAAGGCUGGCGUUCCUGUGCAGACUGGUCGAGAACCUGUCAAGUAUGUCAAGGGGCCCAAGUACGCUCAUCGUCGUGGGGCGUACUAG